CCAGCCCCUAAGCCCUAGCUAUGAAAUUGAAUCUCACAGAUCUCAGUUUCCAACAAAUCCAGCUUAAGCUGCUUUUCAUUUCGCUUCCUUUAUGAAGUAGGAAUUCGAGGUCUACAAAUCUGAGGUCACCCAAUGUCUGUAACUUCUCUUUUUCUUGUUCUCUAAUCUAGUUGGGUAAGACCAGCAGUGUUGUUGUGGUAGUUUUCUCUUUGAUUGAAUAUCAGUGACAUUAUAAUUUGGGUUUGAGUAAGAAUAUAGAUAUGUAAUCAGGAGGAUGAAGAAGCCCUCAUGUAAUUUUUGAUUUUCUUGGGUCUAUUAAGCACCUCGAUCUGUUUGUUAUUUGAUUCGGGUUGUUUCUGUGUGAUACUGCAAAAUUUCUAUCUCGAUUUAGAGAAGAAACAAUCUAACAGAUUAAAAAGGCCCCCCUUUUCAAUGUCUAAGACUGUUUGCUUGCCAACUCUGUGUUAUUUCCAGCAACACAUGUGAUGGACUUGUUAAGAUUUUCAGAUAUUCAAUUUGAAGAAGACUGUUCUAUUGAGUAGUGAUUUGUGCAUGGACACCAAACAGUUAUUCAAUCCUCUCUUUUUCAAAGAGAUGAGACACUUCGGGAAUUUUUUUCGAGCAUUUCGAAGCACAUUUUACUCAUUUUCAUUCUUGGAAUGGGAGGCGUUGGUAAGAGAAACAACAUGCAAGUUCACACAGUUUUGGUUGUGUGAGAAAACAAAUAUUACGCAACCAAUGAGAGGGCGGGUGGGAGACUCAACAGACCUAGUCAAAUGGUGUCUUCCGCAACUACACAUCAAAAUGCAACAAAUGGACAUUUCAGAAAUUGAGCCUGGUAUAAGUAUCCAGCUGGAGAACAGAGGCAAGAAAGAAAAUGAAGGACAUGGUGAAGAAAAUGAAGAACAAGGUAUAGAAAAACCUGCCCAAGGACAAAACAAGAGAAUUAAUGAAACAAUUAUGAGAAGGAAAAAACAAAGAAGAAAGCUCUAUGAUGACAAUGUUAAGGAGUUCCCUUCUGAUGGAUAUUUUAAACCUGCUCAAAGGUGGGAUGAGGAGACCCUGCAUUUGCAUAUUGCCAAGAGCUGUCCAAUACCUUAUGUUCAUGUAGAAGAAAAUGUUAAAGUUUUGAAGCAAUUGGAUGAUUUGAAGCUUGCAAGCAACUUCACAAGAUCAGUACUUUAACAGAUAAUCUUAUUCCAGAUAUUGUUGUGGAAAAUCCAGGAGGUUAGGUUUGGUCCUGUGAUAUACACAUAAGAGACGGUUAAUCUUGCUCCAGAUACUGUUAUGGAAGAAUCCACACAAGACCUCCGGUUUGCUCCUUUCUGAUAUACGCACAAGGGAGAUUCAUAAUCCCUUCCUUUCACCUGAUCCUUCUGAUUCUAUGGCAUCCAUAGAGAUCUCGAAGGUUUGUGAAGAGACCUCCUCUUCUACACCAAGGAGAGGACAGUCUACACUCAGCUCUUGUGGCUGAAAUGCUUAGCCAAAAACGUGCAGAAGUUUGUUGGCUUCUGGGCUUGGGUGGGGUAGAUCGAGCCAAUUGUGGAUCAGAUAAUCUUGUUCCAGAUAUUAUUAUGGAAGAAUCUGCACAAGCUUGAGUUUGCUCCCCUGUGAUAUAUGCGUAAGGGAGUGAUAAUCUUGUUCCAGAUAUUGUUAUGGAAGAGUCCACACGAGCUCGGGAGUGAUAAUCUUGUUCCAGAUAUUGUUAUGGAAGAGUCCACACAAGAGCUCGGGUUUGCUCCCCUGUGAUAUAUGAUAUAUGCACAAGGGACCGAUAAUCGUGUUCCAGAUAUUGCUAUGGAAGAAUGCACACAAGAAAAAUAAUUUUGUUCCAGAUAUUGAUACGGAAGAAUGCACACAAGGGAAAUAUAUCAAAAUGCAACAAAUCAAAUUGUAAACGCCAUCAAACUUGUGUUACUGUUUGGGUAAUAAUAUUUCUAUAUUUGCCACAUAUUUUUUUUGGAACCAUCCUUGAGAAUGCAAUUGUUCUAUGAA